AGUAUAGGAACAAGGAUUAAUUUGUGAUUGAAUUUAUUGUGAAGUGAACUGCAAGAGUUGUCUUAACCUUGAUAUUUUUUUGUGUAGACAAGUGUUAAUAAGUUAGAUUAUGUUAGUUUUCGAAAUCGAAUCCAAUACCUCCAGCUUAAAACUCUUUCAAACGUCAGUUAACAUUGAUAUAUAUAGACACAAUCACACAAAAUAUCUUACCAACUGGACCCUUAUAAAUUUUAAUAUACAACUUUUUUAGGCUACACUUCAUUAUUGCAAAACCCUCUUGGAAAAUAUUUUUCAUACUUUUUAGGUUCUGCUAGCUUUGCAUUUUCACACCAGUUAAACAGCAAUGAAUGAUGAAAUGCUUAUUGGAUGGCCACUUGGGCUUAGCUUCUUGAAUAUGAGACUUAGAGUUGCGGAAUCCCUCCCAGCAGCUUCAUCAGUGGAACCAUAUCAAUUGCACAUGCCAAUGCCAUGCACUAGUUUCUCAUCAUUUUCAACCUCUAACCUUGAUACUGAGUCCACAGCAUCAUUCUUCCAAGACAACAGUGUAUCCCUUGCACAGCUAAUUGGAUUUAGAACAGGACGUGACAGAGGACGCUUGUACUUCCCAACACCAUUAAGGUUUGAAGAAAGGAACAGGAAAUUAGAAAAAGGUUCUUGUUCUCAUGGUUCCAAAGUACAACAAGGAAGAGACAUUUCUAGAGCCAUUUGCAUACCCUUAGUACUUGAUACACUAUUAAAGUUUACAAAGAGUAAGAAAAGUUCAAGGAACUAGGAUAUAUGAUUAAUGAGUACAUAUUGUACUGUCACAAAAUCAAAUGUAUAAUUCUUGAACAUACACAAAAGAGAUAUUUUUUUUAAUAAAAAUUUGAUUUUAUCUUUUGUUAGUGUUUAAAAAAGUCUCUUUUAUGUAUGUAUUUACUAUACAUUUGGUCUUUGUGACCAUACAAGAAUAACUCAUCUUUAAUAUGUUUUGAAAUUAAGAAUUCAUAAUUAUGUUGUUGCUAUUUCUACUUAUUUCAACUAGUUUUUGGCGCAUUA